AAAAAAAGCUGUUGUAUUACAUGUUGACUUUCAGCUUGAAAUAACAAGUGGCCACAAACAUACAAACCAUUGUAGUCUGUGUCAUUAUUGAUGUUCAAAAUAUUGGCUCUUAAAGGCUUAGUGUCUUCUGUUACUGGUCCAGUUAUUACUAUUGACUACUACUUACCUGUGCUCUGUUAUUACAUCGUAAUAAGGGUUACAACAGUCUUCACAGUUAUAGGCCCAUUGUUAGUAAGAGGAGAAGAACACUUAGUAGCCAGACUAAUGACUGAGUCUAGCUUACUCAGACCAAUGACUGAGUAAGCUCAUGUCACCUGUGUCACUUUAACUCAAACUGACAAACUGUUCCUAUGAAACUAUGUGUUUUCUUUACACUUGCAGGUGAAUUUCCAAUCAGAAAAGUGACAGAAAACUGAAGCAACAAUGAAUGCCACAACCACAUCAACAGCAACAAUCCUAAACUCAACUCAAUGUGUUGAUAUUGGUGCAAGUGCCAUUAGUGACCUCAAGAUGGCUGUUUACAUCCUGGCUUUUAUCUUUGGUUUGAUCUUCAAUGUGCUGAUGCUGGGUCCCAUUUUUCGAGAAGUGCAGAGGCAAAAUGUUAUGGGCAUCUUCCUGCUAAACCUGUCCCUCUCAGACAUGCUUUACCUCUUCACCAUACCUCUUUGGAUCAAUUAUUACCGACAGGACCAUCACUGGAACCUAGGUGUUAUGAGCUGCGGUUUUGCCGGCUUCUUCUACUACUCCAACAUGUAUAUCAGCAUCUACCUGCUCUGCUGUAUCUCUGUGCACCGCUGUUUGGUGGUCACGUACCCGCACCGCUCCAAAACCCACCGUACAUCAUAUUACGCCUGGACACAGUGCGCCAUUGUUCAUGUUGUAGUGGUGGUGCUGCACAUCGUGUGGCUGAUCUAUGACAAUCUCAAAGAUACCCAUGAUGAGGAAAACAACAAUGACCGUUGUUAUGAGACCUAUCCCAUGCAGAGGCCUGUUGCCUUGUUCAACCUCCUCCGAGUGGGCUUUGGCUUCCUGCUGCCCCUGCUGGUGUUGACUGUCUGCUACUGGAAGAUACUAGCCACUGUAGGCCAACGUCCCCACCUGAAUGCCCAAGCUAAGAGGAAGGUCCGCAUGCUGUCUUUUGGGGUAAUUGGCAUCUUCUCAAUUUGCUACGCUCCAUAUCACAUUAUCCUGCUCGCACGCUCACUAGUCUUCUACCAGAGUGACAACACCCAACCUGAUGGAAGUUACUGCCAGUUUGAACAGAAGAUGCAUUUCUUCUUCUCAUGCACACUGGCACUGUCCAGUCUGAACUGUGUGAUGGACCCUCUGUUGUAUGUAUUUGUCGGUAAUGGAGUCCAAAAGGAGGUGACUCUCUGCUGGAGGAGGAAUACAGGGACGGAGAGAGAGGACUGUGUUCUAACUAGACAUAGUAGAGGAAAGCCUAAUAGCAAUUAAAUAUGAAAAGUAAGCUGCAUAUGUGAUAUAUGGGUAGAAAUAUCCACCUGUGCACUUGUAUGCAUAUGUGUGUGUAGAUGUGCAUGCAUAUGAUUAUGCAUAAUACUGUCGCUGUACUCAUGUCUUCAUCUUCAGUUUUAGUGAGUGAGUAGCUGGAUUAUUCAUAUCCCAUCAACCCUUCGUAUACAGACAAUCAGAAACCACAUUGCCUCAUUUGUCUGUUUUUAUCUUCCCUCAUAUCCUGCACAUAGAAGAGGGGGUCAAAUGCAUCCCAAUUAUUCAGUUAGGGGGAGCAAAGUUAUGGUUUUGCUACGUCAGUUUUUGUCUUUUUAAAAAUAAACUUAUCAUCAUACAGUCCCCACAAUCAGAUGAUUAUAUUUCAGCAGCCUAUAUCAAUGAUCAUUUUUCUAUUUUCAGCAAAUGACAAACACAAGUAUAAAAAAAUCUGAUGUUUUUAGACCACCCCUUGAGUGGUUUCAGUCCAACCCAUCGUGAGAGACAGACAACUUGUUUAGACUUCUGCAAAAUACUCUGCUUUAGUUUCAGCUUUAGUCAGAUUUUGGUUGGAAUUAUUUUUAAAUAUGAUGACGCAUCACAUGUAGAUCCCUUAGAGUAAGGGGAAGUAAAGUCUAGUCCUCAACUACAAUGGCCCCUUUAAGUCUUGAGGAGUAAAAAUCACCUUCUGAGUUAUGCAUUAAAAUAGUCCUUGAUUUAAGAUAAUGUAGGUUAAAAUGAUCUGCUUCUGAAGUUAUGAUUAUUCAUUCCUGUUUAAUAUUACAACUACAUCAGCUAGUGGUGCUAAUACCUACCACUAGAACCUGUGUGUGGGAUUGGAAUUAGAUAGUUGUUGUGAGUCCAUAUUAUUUGUGCUUUGUUGCAAUAGUUAGACUUUGAAGAUGCCUUGUUAGUAUUGAGAACAGCAAUAGAAUCAAAAUUGCACAAAAACAUGCUUUUGUCCAAUGCAAAUAUUAAAACUGUUAUUUCACUCACCUUGUUACAUCCUUGUACUUAUUUAUUUGUUCUUGGGUGGUGUCAUGAUCCUGUCACAGUCUGGCUUUAUGUCCCUUGGUUGUCAUUCUCCACCAGUUCACCAGU